GAGGCCUAUUGGUUGGAACAGUACUCAUGGGCUUUAUUCAAGGCAAUGUCUCAUAUGCUUUGCAUAGGCUACGGAAGGUUUCCUCCACAAUCUCUUACUGACAUGUGGUUAACCAUGCUAUCCAUGAUAUCUGGAGCAACCUGUUAUGCGUUGUUCCUGGGACAUGCUACAAAUCUGAUUCAAAGUUUAGAUUCAAGCAGGCGUCAAUAUCGUGAAAAGGUCAAGCAAGUGGAGGAAUAUAUGGCAUACAGAAAACUUCCAAGAGAUAUGAGACAAAGGAUAACUGAAUACUUUGAACAUCGAUAUCAAGGCAAGUUCUUCGACGAGGAAUGUAUUCUAGGAGAGCUGAGUGAAAAACUUAGAGAAGAUGUGAUAAACUACAACUGUAGGUCUUUGGUUGCUUCAGUGCCUUUUUUUGCCAAUGCUGACUCUAAUUUUGUAUCAGAUGUAGUAACUAAAUUAAGAUACGAAGUAUUUCAACCUGGUGAUAUUGUAAUUAAGGAGGGAACAAUAGGAUCAAAAAUGUAUUUUAUUCAAGAAGGAAUCGUUGACAUUGUAAUGGCGAAUGGAGAGGUUGCAACUUCACUAUCAGAUGGAUCUUAUUUCGGAGAAAUAUGUCUUCUUACUAAUGCUAGACGAGUUGCAAGUGUUCGUGCAGAAACUUACUGCAAUUUAUUUUCCUUAAGUGUUGAUCAUUUCAAUGCUGUUCUGGACCAAUAUCCAUUAAUGAGAAAAACAAUGGAGACUGUAGCAGCAGAGAGGUUGAACAAAAUCGGGAAGAACCCAAAUAUAAUGGCUCAUAAAGAGGAAUCAGAAUCAGCCAACGCAGAAACAAAUCAAAUCAGCGCUGUGGUAAACGCAUUAGCAGUGGAAGCCGAAAAUAAUUUAAACAAUCUUAGUGAUGAAAGCGGAAGUUUGAAAAAAGUUCAUUCUGAUCUAAGUUUGACAGAGUUAAAUCAAAGUUUAAGAAUGAGUUUACCUAGGCCAAAGAGUGGUGAAUUUAGAGCACUUUUCGAAGGUAGUCCUUAGGAACACAAAAACUCUCUCUGGAAUUGACAAAUACUCUUCUCUAGGAUACAAGUGAGAUAUAUUUAAUACAUUUUUGGUUUUUCAUAAAGCGAUAGUGUUUACUUUUGAUUUUCUUUGAUUUCAUGUGUUUGCCGUAUGCUUGUAGCCAUUUAAGUAUUACAAGAGAUCAAUUAAUUAAUAGUACAAGUUUAGCUAUGGACAAUGUAUCGGAGGAAAUAAAAUGUCAGCAUACAAAAGCACAUGAAGUUUUCUAGAAAAAAAAAAUAA